AGCCGAACCCAAAGUAGAUCGAGGCGGCGGGCUGCACAUUCCCGUUGUUGCGUUGCGUUUCCUUCCUCUUUCACUCCGCGCUCCCGGCGGCGGCCAAAGCGGCGGCGACGGCGGCGCGAGAACGACCCGGUGGCCAGUUCUCUUCCUCCUACGCACCCGCCCCGCUCGGUCAGUCAGUCAGCGGCCGGCGGCCGGCGCCCGGCUUGUGCUCAGACCCCGCGCUUGCGGCGCGCAGGCCCAGCGGCCGUAGCUAGCGUCUGGCCUGAGAACCUCGGCGCUCCGGCGGCGCGGGCACCACGAUCCUCGCCUCGCAGCGGCUCCAGAGGAGGCAGGAGAGUGAGCGAGUCCGAGGGGUGGCCGGGGCAGGUGGUGGCGCCGCGAAGAUGGUCGCCAAACAGAGGAUCCGUAUGGCCAACGAGAAGCACAGCAAGAACAUCACCCAGCGCGGCAACGUCGCCAAGACCUCGAGAAAUGCCCCCGAAGAGAAGGCGUCUGUAGGACCCUGGUUAUUGGCUCUCUUCAUUUUUGUUGUCUGUGGUUCUGCAAUUUUCCAGAUUAUUCAAAGUAUCAGGAUGGGCAUGUGAAGUGACUGACCUUAAGAUGUUUCCAUUCUCCUGUGAAUUUUAACUUGAACUCAUUCCUGAUGUUUGAUACCCUGGUUGAAAACAAUUCAGUAAAGCAUCCUGCCUCAGAAUGACUUUCCUAUCAUGCUUCAUGUGUCAUUCCAAGGUUUCUUCAUGAGUCAUUCCAAGUUUUCUAGUCCAUACCACAGUGCCUUGCAAAAAACACCACAUGAAUAAAGCAAUAAAAUUUGAUUGUUAAGAUACAGUAGUGGACCCUACUUAUUCAGUCAAUUAAGAGUAAGUUUUUUUAUGUGGUUAUUAAAACAGUAUGAACAAUUAGUCUGACUCUGCAUAGACGGGGUCUAGAUUUUGUUAACCCUAAUGUAUAAAUGCAGUUAGCUUAAAUUACAAUUUGAAGUCUUGUGGUUUUUAUAUAGCUAGGCACUUUAUUACUCUUUUGAACUGAAAGCACACUCCCUUAUAGGUUCAUGUAACUGUCCUGUAAUAAGGUGCUUAUAAAUGGAACAACUACACAGCCUAGUUUUGCCACAACCUUUAGCAUCUAAAAAUUUUUAAAAGCUUCUAAAUGUCUAAUAUAAAGGGAGAUGCUUAUAGCCACAACAUCUAUUUUACCAAUAUUGUUUCCAUUACACUACCUUGGAUUUUUCAUGAGUGAGUAUAGUAACCCAAGAUGCCAUAAAAAAAACUUGAUCAUUUUCUGACUUAAUCAGUUACUGUGGUUUCACUAAAAACUACCGUGGUGGGGUGAAUUCAGUCAGGGAAGGUUUGUUUAUGUUACAUUGAUUUCACCAGAACUAUUUUAAUAUAUGAAAGGGGUUUACUAUGCCAAACAAAAUUCUAGGGAAAAAUACUGCUAAAAAUGGAUGCCUCAUCAGAACAUGCUGUUGAGUCCAAUGUGCCAUAAGACAUUUUAGCAUGUUAAAUAGCACUUUUAAUAGCAAAAAAAGGCACAUCAACUACGAAGUUAUCCUUAGUUUGGAAAUGCUUUUUCUAGAUUAAUGAUUUUUCAGUCAUUAGGUAGUACCUAAUCAUUAGGGUACUAGACACAUCAGCCUAAAGUGGUAUCUGGAAUUGAAUGGAUUUACUGAUAAUGAUCAGUCUUUAGUCUUCCCUUUGUUAUAUGACUUUAUAGGUUAUGAUUGAUCAAAUUUACAUUUUACUAAUGGUAAGGGUGAGGGUCAUAGGGCAGGUUUUGGGUUUUCUAGUACUGUUGAAAACUGCAAGUAUUGGCUAUUUGUAUACUUAGCCAUAACUUGGUGAAAAAAAACCUGAGCAGUGUCUAUGUAUUAAUGCGUUGGAAAGCUGCUUGUGUUGGCUUUGUUAAUUGCCUCAGGAUAUUUCUUUUAAAAUAAGCUGUUUUAAGAGGAACAGAAGGGAAAUCUGCUACCUAGUCUAUACACAGUGUGAACCUCAUAGGGGGCUUCUGAUACCCUCAAACGGAGAAUAGUAACGGAGCGGAGUGGUUAAGGAUUUUCAGGAACUUAACUAUUCUGGAAUAAGAAAUGAAUCAACUGACCUUGGGCCAGCAGGUUUUUAACUAAAUUGUUACUUGCCUUUCUCACCCAGUUAAUCAAUCUCUGUACUUGUUUCCCUUUUUGAAACAAGUGUCUUGGUUAACUAAUUUUGUUUUAUGGUUGCGCUAAAUUCAUAGCAGGUGCCUUACUGUUUGCUUUGAGUCAAACCAUUCCAUAUCAGAAUUUUUCUUGGUUUACUAUAGAUAUUUGGCUUUAAGUUGUUGUUUGUGUUUUUUAAUGUACAAUGUUCUGAUAAAUUUGACUGUUAAAUUGCUAUAGCUAGCAAUCAUUUUACAUAUGUAAAAUUGCAUUCCCUUUGUAUUUCAUGUGCAAUUUACCAAUUAAGUGCAUUUUAUAUUCAGGUUGGAUUAUGCAUGUUUAGGUAAACGAAAGCUGUGUCUUAUUUGAUUUAUUCUUUAAAAAUAAAGUUCCCUGAAUAUUUGA